AUGAUUGUCCUUGGAGGAAAUUCGCAUCCCGAGCUGGCCAAUCUGGUAGCUAAACGGCUGGGAGUUAGAUGUGGAGACAUGUCAUCUUAUCAUAAAGAAAAUAGAGAAACAGUGGUAGAAAUAAAAGAAUCAGUAAGAGGAAAAGAUGUUUAUAUUAUACAAACUGGUACCAAAGAAAUAAAUAACGAUGUAAUGGAGAUGAUGAUUAUAGCGUACGCCUGUAAGACAAGUUGUGCAAGGAAUAUCGUAGGAGUAAUACCGUACUUACCCUACUCUAAACAGAGUAAGAUGAGAAAACGUGGGGCUAUAGUCUGUAAAUUACUUGCUACCAUGAUAGGACAAUCAGGUUUUACUCAUAUCAUCACCAUGGAUCUCCAUCAGAAAGAAAUUCAGGCGUUUUUUGACGUACCGGUUGAUAAUCUACGAGCCUCACCAUUUCUUAUUGAUUAUAUCAAAGAAUCCAUUCCUGAUUAUAGAAAUGCAGUGAUAGUUGCCAGAAAUCCCAACUCAGUGAAGAGGGCGUCGUCCUACGCUGAACGACUGCGACUCGGAAUAGCAGUGAUACAUGGAGAGGAGAAAGUCUCGGAACAAGAAGAAGAUGAUGGGAGAAAUUCUCCUCCGUUGAUGGAGGAAGAUGAACAUAAUUUACUCAGUCGGACGAUACAGUUAUUACAUGCUAAAGAGAAACCUCCUAUCAAUGUAGUAGGAGACGUCGGGGGUAGAAUAGCUAUCAUUGUGGAUGAUAUGAUAGAUGAUGUAGAUUCGUUUGUGAAAAUAGCCGAGGCGUUGAAGGAACGUGGGGCGUAUAAAAUCUACGCCAUGGCAACUCAUGGUCUAUUGUCGUCUGAUGCCCCUAGAAUGCUUGAGAAUUCUUGUAUUGAUGAGAUUGUUGUAACCAAUACUGUUCCUCAUCAAGCCCAGAAAUUACAAUGUCACAAGAUAAAAACAGUUGAUAUUAGUAUAAUGCUAGUCGAGGCGAUACGUCGUAUUCACCAUAACGAAUCAAUGUCUUAUCUAUUUCGUAAUAUAGGUCUGGAUGAUUAA